CUUUGUGCACUGAGCUGAAGGGCUCCACAUCAAGACUUUCAUCUCCUCGUCUCCCUCUUAUCUCCAAGUUUCCUCUCCGUCCUCCUGAUUGUGACCCCUGUCCUGUCUGUGAAAGAUGGAAAGGUCAACACAGGAACUCUUUCUGAACUUUAUGAUCGUCCUGAUCACAGUGCUGCUCAUGUGGCUGCUUGUCAAAACCUACCAGGACGCCUGAGCCAGAAUUGAAACGAGCACCUGGCAGGCUAAGUGCUUCGCCUGGUUUGUGAUGUUCAGCUGGAAAGAGAUCAUGCAGCACAGCCUGACCAGCAGAUGGAGGUGUUUGAGUUGGAAACGAGAAAGAGAAGGCCUUUUUCUGACCACUCAAGAAAUGAAGAGGGGCCUUGAAAUGUAGUGGCUGAGUUCUGUAAAAUAGAGAUUAAUUACAUGGAUCUUAACUUCAUUUUCUUUUGCUUUGGUAUACUUGUUUGUAGCUUAGCCACCUCUAACAGUGUCCAUUUUCACAGUGCUUUAACAUUAUAAAUGUAGGCCUCCAUUUGUUUGCCAUGUCAACAUGAUUGCUUAAGCAUAAGUGAAAUAAAAGAAAGAAAUGAAGA